GCGUCGGCGAUGCGUCGGCGAUGCGGCGCGAUCAUCCGACCCCACUCCUUGACCAAGAUCUCCCGCGCGACUUCCGUAGCGAUGUUUGCCGAAGGUUCGAGUGUAGGUUUAUUGGUUCGGUUUGGAGGCGCAGCUUGCGGCGGAUGACAUAUUCUGCUGGCCAAACCAUUCGCGGGCACGCGGGCCCUGUUCAUGAUUGUUGCUUCUCUCCAGACGGGAAGAAGAUUCUUUCUGCAUCAGGCGACAAGACUUUGAAGUUGUGGCUCGCGACCGACGGAACGCUGCUGCAGACCUUGAGUGGGCACGCGGAUCGUGUUUAUCGUUGUUGCUUCUCUCCAGACGGGAAGAAGAUUCUUUCUGCAUCAAACGACACGACUUUGAAGUUGUGGCUCGCGACCGACGGGACGCUGCUGCAGACCUUGAGUGGGCACGCGAUCUGUGUUUAUGCUUGUUGCUUUUCUCCAGACGGGAAGAAGAUUCUUUCUGCAUCUUACAGGACUUUGAAGUUGUGGCUCGCGACCGACGGAACGCUGCUGCAGACCUUGAGUGGGCACGCGGAUGGUGUUGAACGUUGUUGCUUCUCUCCAGACGGGAAGAAGAUUCUUUCUGCAUCAACCGACACGACUUUGAAGUUGUGGCUCGCGACCGACGGGACGCUGCUGCAGACCUUGCGUGGGCACGCGGGCUGUGUUUAUGAUUGUUGCUUUUCUCCAGACGGGAAGAAGAUUCUUUCUGCAUCUUCCGACAGGACUUUGAAUUUGUGGCUCGCGACCGACGGAACGCUGCUGCAGACCUUGAGUGGGCACGCGGAUGGUGUUGAACGUUGUUGCUUCUCUCCAGACGGGAAGAAGAUUCUUUCUGCAUCAGGCGACAAGACUUUGAAGUUGUGGCUCGCGACCGACGGGACGCUGCUGCAGACCUUGAGUGGGCACGCGAUCUGUGUUUAUGCUUGUUGCUUUUCUCCAGACGGGAAGAAGAUUCUUUCUGCAUAUUACAGGACUUUGAAGUUGUGGCUCGCGACCGACGGAACGCUGCUGCAGACCUUGCGUGGGCACGCGGGCUGGGUUUAUGCUUGUUGCUUUUCUCCAGACGGGAAGAAGAUUCUUUCUGCAUCUUCCGACAAGACUUUUCAGUUGUGGCUCGCGGCUUGUGAUGGUGAUCUUCAAGGACCAGAGAUAGACCACAAGCACAACUCAUUACGUCUGCAAGCUGCCCAGUUGCCACGUCUUUCCGUUUAUUUGGAAUACAGAAUCGACCCAAUUCCACGAGAUGCCCCAUUCGGCAAGUUCAUGUCUCAUAUUGUCGUCAGCACAGUCGCGAGUCACAGGGCGGCUUACCAGUCUGCAGAGUAUUGUGAUCCGCCGCAGCUGGAUGUCAUCCAGGUGCGAUCGGUGGUGAACCCAAGAUUGCAAAAGUUAUAUCUGGCGCAACUCGAGAAUAUCGAAGGCAAGAGGCGACAAGGCACGUGCUGUCCGAUUUUGGCCCUCUCGCACUUGAAGGUGCCAGUGAGCAUGCACGACUUCGACUUGAACGAGCACUUCUUAUUCCACGGGGCUGUACCGUCCACCUUAGAAAAGAUAUGCAAGGGUGGUUUUGACCCGCGGCGGGGUGGCGAGGCUACUGGCAAGCUCUUCGGUACCGCUGCAUAUUUCGCUGCCAAUUCUUCUAAAGGUGACGAUUACACAGAGGAGCGCGCAAAUCCGUUGGCAAAGAAUGCCACGAGGACGUUAAUUGUUGCUCGCGUUGCCCUUGGCGAGUCGUUCCGAACGGCCACCCCCAUGCAGUGCGCCACGAGACCUCCAGACAAUAACGACGGCGUGGGCUUUGAUUCUGUGUGGGCGGAUAAGUCGAGCAAUGGGGGCUGCGUGGAUCACAUCGAGGCCAUGAUAUAUUCGGAGGGGCAGGCGCUCCCGGUGGCUCUUGUGGAUUAUCGUCACGCCGUCGGUUGUACAUGCGCAUUUUGCCGGAGGCGGCCCUGACAUGUAGAAUUGCAGACGCCUGGAUCUUAAGGACUGGCGGGGGCAUUACAUCCAGCGUGCACCCCCUCGCUCGAUGAUGGACGAAGCAAAACAGGAGAUCUACCGCGCGACUGGUCGGGCUGGGGUGCAGAGGGGAAUCACAAAUACAGUUGGCACGAUGAUCGAAAACAUCCAUGCCGUCAAGACGCUGGA